AUGGUUUAUGAAGCAAUACCUAGAAAUGUUCGCAUUAUCUUAUUAGGUGAACCAGGUGUCGGCAAAACAUCAUUAAUACUUUCUCUGGUCACCGAAGAAUUUACGGAACAUGUUCCUCCAAAAGCAGAGGAGAUCACAAUACCGGCUGAUGUUACACCGGAACAAGUACCUACCAAUAUUGUGGAUGUCUGUCUAAACGAGCAAACACUUGAGCAAGUCUCAGAAGAAAUUGAGAAAGCUCACGUGAUUUGCAUAGUUUUUUCAGUUGACAAACAAGAAACAUUAAAUAAGGUCGCUUCAUAUUGGUUGCCAUUUGUUAGGGAUAAUUGUCCGGAGGAUUACAGAAAGCCAGUAAUUCUAGUUGGAAAUAAAAUUGAUUUGAUUGACUAUUCUGUCAUAGAUAAUAUUUGGGACAUAGCAGAAGAAUAUCCUGAAGUUGACAGAUGCAUUGAAUGCUCUGCUAAGACAUUAACAAAUGUAUCAGAAAUGUUUUACAAUGCACAAAAGGCUGUCCUACAUCCUAUUCACCCCAUAUAUUCAAUUGAAGAACAAGAGUUAACGGAACGGUGUAAAAAGGCAUUGUCAAGAAUAUUUAAAAUAUGUGAUCUAGAUGGUGACGGACUCCUUGAUGAUUAUGAGAUUACAAUAUUUCAAAAGAAAUGCUUUGACACGCCUUUACAAUUGCAGGUUCUAGAUGAGGUGAAAUCAGUAAUUGCACAAAAUAUUGCUGGUGGAAUAGAAAAUGAAUGCAUUACUAUGAAAGGCUUUAUAUUUUUACACUGCCUCUUCAUACAGCGUGGCAGAAAUGAAACAACAUGGACAGUUCUACGGAAAUUUGGAUAUGAUGAAGGUUUAGAAUUAACUCAAGAGUAUCUAUAUGCCAACAUCAAAGUGCCUCCCAGUUGUACAUCGGAACUUUCAUACAAAGGUCAGCAAUUUCUGGCGCAAAUUUUCGAGAAGUACGACAGAGACAAAGAUGGAAUGUUAAAUCCUACAGAGUUAAAGAAUGUAUUCUCCAGUUGCCCUCGGAUCCCUUGGCACAAUUUAAGGUACACAGUACCCACCAAUGAGAAGGGCUAUUUAACUUUGCAAGGCUGGAUGUGUCGUUGGACCCUUAUGACUCUCUUCGACUUACAAAGUACGAGCGCUUACUUGGCCUACUUAGGAUACAAUUUUCUUGAAAAUGACACGCAGAAGUCGGCUUUUCACAUUACGCGUGAGAAAAAGAUCGACAUUGCUAAAAAGCAAUCGAGUCGAAACGUGUACCAGUGUCACAUAAUUGGCCCCAGAAGUUGCGGGAAAACGUCAAUAUGUCGGAGUUUUUUAGGAAUAGCUCAUAAGAAGAUAAAAGCACAUUCAAAUGAGCGAGGCGACGGUUAUCCGAGCGAGAACAACAGCUGCAUCAGCACCGUGCUGGUGUACGGCCAGGAGAAGUACUUGGUGCUGCGGGAAAUCGGCAUCACGCGCGUCUCGGACCCACUUCAGCCACACGAGGUCAACUGCGAUGUUGCGUGCCUCGUUUACGACGUCACCGUCGCCAGGUCUUUUGAGUACAUCGCGAGGAUAUACAUUAAAUACUUUGCGGAAAGCCACAUCCCCGUACUUAUAGUCGGAACUAAGGGUGAUGGGAUGGUGACCAGACAGGAAUACAUUCUGCAGCCGGAAGUGUUUUGUAGCAAAUAUCAGCUGUUACCGCCGCAAAUAUUUAAUAUUAAAGAGAAUAAACACGACGUCCUCGUCAAACUAGCUACGAUGGCUGCAUUUCCACAUUUGAAGCACUUCGCGAGUUUUGCCGGAGACAAUACUUGUUGGUGGAAAGCCGGCAUCGGCGUCGCAGCCGCGACCAUCGUCGGCCUCGUGCUCAUCAAGAUACUCAACUUCCAGAGGCAAUGA